GCCCUCCAUUUCGUACGGCCUCCCAAAAAUCUCAAUCCAUUGCUUCUUCUUCCCUUCUCUCUCCAAGGGUGGAGGAGGGGGAGGAGGAGGAGAGAAUUUUCUCUCACGGGCCGGGGUAAGGGACAUCGGAGCAAGGAGGGAAGGACUCCCACUGCAGAAGUGGCUGCCUCCGUGGCGUCUUUCGUAGAUGGAUUACAUAUCCCCUGAGAGAAGUCUGGAUGGGACUUGUGGAGACCCUGGUCCUUUAUUUGGAGAUCAAGAUGGUUGCUUGUUGGAGCACAUGGAUUAUCAUGGUGAAGGAAUUACACAACCUGAAUCCCCACCACUGAAUGAUGGACUUUUAGUUGACGCAGCCGAUCAAAUUUCAUAUUUGUCUGCAGAUUCUGUACCCUAUAUGAAUGAUCAGAUCAUGUGCAAUACAAUGAAAUCUGCUUCGACUAGUCCAGCAUCUCCCCUGAAGCAAGACGAGGAACAUCAUGUGCAUAUAGAAUCUGAUAUGCAAAACGAUGCAGCUGAACGGAAAGUUCACCAUAAUGAUGACUGUGAAGUACGUACCACUUCUCCGGGUUAUGAUGUGCAUCAGAAUACAGAAGUGGUUGAAGGUGUGCUUCCUCCAGAGCUUCAUGAAAGCAGUGGUAAUGAUAUAUCAAACUUUGAACAAGAAACUACACAUUUUGAUGCCUAUCUUGGUGACUCUAUGUUAGCUGAUAAUAGCAGUAGGGAUUAUCAAUUUAGCAAUAGCGGUGAUGAUGAUGAUGAAAUUCCAAACUCUUCUGCGCCUCAGAUGGGAAAUAAGGACAACAGAAAGUUACAUGAGACUUUUCACAAUGAAGUGAAUGGGGCAGAUGAUGAUCAAAUGAAUGGUGGGAAUUCUAAUCCUCAUGAUGAACAUGACAAUGAGAACUUCAACUCUGCAACUGCACCUUCCUAUUUGGAUGGGAUGGAGCAGGAAGAUCCUGGUACCGAGAAUGGCAUUUCCACGCCUGGCAAUCAGUGGGAUUCUCCACCUGAAAGGUCUGCAGGACUAGAGAAGGGCACACCAUCACCAGCCAGUAGGGUCUCACUUUCAGUAGAAAGGUCACCUCAUGCUCAUUCAUCUGAGAAACUGGACUCACCACAUCAUGCAAAAGAGGGUGAUAAUUUGGCUGACUCUCGAAGCCCACCAGCAAGACAUCGGUCCCGAUCUCCUGGAUCUCCUGAAAACCAUGACACCAACCGUAGAAGAGCUCCCUCACAUGAGUUGUCUCCACAUGCACGGGAUAACUCUCCAGAAAGAAAAGCACAAUCUUGGCGUGGAGAUGGGUCACCGCGCCGAAGAUCUACAUCCCCUGGAAGAAGAGAUGGGUCACCGCAGCGAAGAUCAGCUUCCCCUAAAAGAAGAGAUGGGUCACCGCGACGAAGAUCAGCUUCCCCUAGAAGAAGACAUGGUUCACCACGCCGAAGAUCUGCAUCCCCUAAAAGAAGAGAUGGGUCACCUCGCAGAAGAUCUCCAUCCCCCAAAAGAAGACACGGGUCACCACGACGAAGAUCUCCAUCCCCUAAAAGGAGGAAUGGGUCACCACGGCGAAGAUCUCCAUCCCCUAAAAGGAGGCAUGGGUCACCACGGCGAAGAUCUCCAUCUCCUAAAAGAAGAGCCUCACCCAAGAGGAGGGGUUCACCAAGGAGGAGGGAUUCCCCAACAAGGAGGGAUUCCUCUCCAAGAAGGAGAGACUCACCAAGAAAGAGAGAUUCCUCAGCAAGGAGGAGGGAUUCCCCAACAAGGAGGGAUUCCUCUCCAAGAAGGAGAGACUCACCAAGAAAGAGAGAUUCCUCUCCAAGGAGGAGGGAAUCCCCAACAAGAAAGAGGGACUCCCCAACAAGGAAGAGAGAUAGAUCAAAAUCAAGGUCACCAUCAAGGAAAACUGAUUCCUCUAGACAUAAAAGGGAGCAUGGUAGAUCUCGAUCAGGGUCUCCACACUCUAGGAAUCACCAUAGAAGAUCUCCAAGAAGAAGGCAUUCACCAAGGCACAGAUCACCUCCAGCAAGGCAUCAUUCUCCUAAAAGAUGUUGGUCACCACCUGCCAACAGGAAGACUGGAUUGGGUAAGCCUGGGCGGAAUCUGUUUGUUGCAGGUUUUAGCUAUGCCACCACAGAGCGAGAGUUGGAGAAGAAAUUUGCAAAGUUUGGACGUGUAACAAGGGUGCGGGUUGUCCGAGAUAAACGAACUGGAGAUUCUCGAGGCUUUGGAUUUUUAUCCCUGGAGAAGGAUGAGGACGCUGAUGCAGCAAUCCGAGCUUGCGACGAGACUGAGUGGAAUGGUAGGAUCAUUCUUGUGGAGAAGUCCAAGGCACCUGCAUGGUGAAUCUUACACCCUAGAGUUCUGCAAACAAUGCUCUGGGUGGGCGGGACCAGUUUGCACAGCUUUUAUCGUACCAACAGUAUAACAUAAACUAUUAAUUUAUCAUUACAUGUGGCAAAGUUUACUUGAACCAGCUCUCUAUGCUGUACUAGGAGUAAGUAAUAAUGCACUUGCUAUGGCUGCCUUGCUGACAAUUAUUGAAGAAUAAGAUUAUAUGCCAAACCUUAGCUUGUUUCAGGACCCUGCUGCUGAUAAAGAGGGAGUUAGCGGUACACAUUGUAAUAUCUGCAACCUCUACUACACAUUCAUGACAUUCAUCAUCCUCUUCUUCCUCUGCAUGGUGAUCGAGUGUUUGGCUGGCAGUUCAGUUCAUGGUGAUGCAUGGGCGAAAUUCAGACUUGCGACGCUGUGUUGGUCAUUUUUAAGUUAGGACAAUAAUUUUAUACGUUUGUAUGUGCUCUGUGUUUUAGGUCGUGGAUACUACUAUAUGUUGGAUAUGUCCCGAUAACUUUUC